GUUUCAGUGAAAGCAAAGAUGGCGAACGAACUGGACAGAGUGCGAAUCUCAGCUGCGGAACUCCGAGCUGAAGCGUCGAAUUCAAUCAAUAUUGAUGACUGUCAGAAAGAGGAGCAACAAGAGUAUCACGUACACAAGCAGCAAAGGAAGCGGGAAGGAAAGCACCCUCGCCCUGAACUGCAGCGCUACCAGCCAGUAGCUGGAAAUGGAAGGUGUCACCGUGACGAUGAGGAGGGAGAAACUAGUGGCCCUCUGUCCGCUGAUUCCCAUGAUGAACCACCACAGAGUGAGAAAAAGGUUGAAAAAGCUUUAGAGAGACAUGGGUGCACAGACAGUGGGGCGGUCACCGACAAAAGGGAAGAAGACAGGAAGAGAGGGGAUGGUAGUAACACUCAGAACUGUAGAAAAGGCAACAGCUCCCAGCCUAAAGCAGAAGCAAAUCAAGAGAAAGUUUCUGUUGAAGAUGACAAAGACCACCAGGAACCCGUUGGAGCUGCUAGGGCAACACGAAAAGCUCGAAAACCAGACCGAGAAUUGUAUCAACCCGGGAGCCGAAGAAGCAUCCAGGGAAAAGACUGUGGAGUUGGAAAAGAGCAGGAUAAGCCUCCACCUAGCAAUAACGGGCAGAAAAGUGAGCCAGAGUCCCAGAUAAGUACAGGAGAAAAAGAGGAGAACCAAAAAACUUGUUUACAGGAGCAGGAAGGGGGAAAUAAAGAAGUAACGGUUAAACCGGAUAACAUCAAAUUGCCUAAAUCCACUGAAACAAACCGAAAGCAAGGAGGCCGAGAUGUGGGAAAAAACACAUUACCCUCAAACGCUACGGUGGACAAAAUUACUAGCAAAAUUGACAAACUUAGCAUGAAAGAAAAGGUGGGAUGUGACAGCCAAGUCAUUGACGAGUUAAGUUGCGAGAGAGGAGAAACAUCUUCCAAGGAAAAGAGAGGCCAAGGUAGAGGAACAAAAGAGGAGGAGGAAAAGGUAGAAAUGAAAAGGGAGAAAGGAAACCGCAACCGAAGGGGAGAAGAUAAGGAAAGGGAGACUAAUCCAGAUUCCAGACGAGGGAAAGAGGAAGCAGGCAGUCGAGGAAAGGUUGACCGGGGGGGGAAAGCUGAGAAGGAAAGAGACAAGAGAGCACCAGACGCAGACAAGGAUAAUAAAGCAGGAGAGCCGCACCAAAGCAAAGGAAGAGAGAAUCGCAGAGAAAGCAAAAGAGGAGACAACAACAACAACAACCGCUCAAGAGAUGCUGAAAACGAUGCUAAAACAGAAAGAAACACAGACAGGGCAGUGGAAGGAGGCGAUAGAAACAAAUCCAAUGCAAACGGCACGACGGCAACCUCAAAGCGCUAUUCCAAGUCAGAUAUUCGCCGCUCACGGAAUCGCACUUACAGCAGCAGCUCAGCCAGCAGCGUGACCAGCCUGGAUGGCCCUCGAGUAAGGAUGGAUGUGGAGCGUACCAAGUGGCCUCACUCUGAGCCUAAGCACAAAGAGGGGGUUGCUACAAGCGGAGCGGGACGGAGAAAUCAUUUAAAAAGCUGGACAACCAAUGGGGAAUCAUCCACAGAGUCAAUGGAAGGGAGUGAGAUGAGUGACAAAGCAGAAGAGAGGAAAAGAAGAGGUGGAAGGGAAGAACUAAGUGCUGAGAGGCGGAGGGUAGAGAGGAGCAAACCAAAGGGGACCAGAGGGGGAGAUAGGGGAAUCCUUAGGGUCUCUCUAGAAAAACUGCCAGGUACCCCAUCACAUGUUGCCGUACCACAACAUCGCACGCCAGGCUUGGUUCCCCGGGGCAGAGGGGGGGGUAUCCUGAUACUUCCUGCUCGCACAGACAUCUCUAACUCUCCUGAGGUCGGGCAGAGGCUUCUUUUUGGUGGUAUCAGGGGAGGGGCAGCCGCCAGAAGUAGAGGAGGCCGAGGAGGAGAAGCGAGGCGACUCUGGGAUCCAAACAACCCCGACCAGAAGCCAGCUCUUACCGCGACCCAGUCCUCGCAGCAUUCACCUCGCCAGCAGCCUGUAUAUCUUCAGACAGGGGCUGCAAUUGGUCAACUUCACUUCCUGGACACAGACGACGAGAUGGCAGGAAGUCCUCCGGUGGCGCAGGGUGAUCACUUUCGAGCCCAGCAGGUCGCUGCCAUGGCCUUUUACAAAUUCCAAAACUCUGACAACCCUUACGGCCACCCCGUGCCGGCCAGCAACUCACACAGUCCUGGCAGCACCGCCAGCUAUGCAUACCCUUAUCAAAUGGGACCCUACCAAAUGGCUCCCGCUAAUGGUAUGUACCCUGUGGGUCAAUUCUGUGGGAGUUACAAGGGAGCAGGGUAUCCCCAGCCUGUUGCAGGAGGUAGUUUGACAUCGGAAGAGGUGGAGCAACAAGCCAGAGUGGAGCUGGGGAGGAUGCUGAGGGCUGCGGACGCACAGGAGCUUCAGCUCAGCAACCUGCUGUCCCGGGACAGAGUGAGUGCUGAGGGACUGGAGCGCAUGGCCCAGCUCAGAGCUGACAUUUUGGGGCUCUAUGAGCAGGUCCUCCUGACAGACAUCGACUACUCUGACUCGCAGAACGUGGAUCAAGCUCUGUGGAAGAAUGUCUUUUACCAGGUCAUAGAGCGCUUCCGGCAGCUCCUCAAAGACCCCGCCUAUGACAACACACCUCAUGUAAAGAACAUGCUGCUCACACUGCUCGAUGAGGGGGCCCUUUUCUUCGACGCGCUGCUACAGAAGCUGCAGACGGUGUACCAGUUUAAGUUACAGGAUUACAUGGAUGGGAUAGCUAUCAGGGCUCGGCCGUUGCGUAAAACGGUGAAGUAUGCACUUAUCAGUGCUCAGCGCUGCAUGAUUUGUCAGGGCGAUAUAGCGCGUUACCGGGAACAGGCCAGUGACUCGGCAAACUACGGCAAGGCUCGCAGCUGGUACCUGAAGGCCCAGCAGAUCGCCCCCAAAAAUGGACGACCAUAUAACCAGCUGGCCCUGCUGGCCGUUUAUACAAACAGGAAGUUGGAUGCUGUGUAUUAUUACAUGCGCAGCUUGGCAGUCUCCAACCCCAUCCUGACUGCAAAGGAGAGCCUGAUGAGUCUCUUUGAAGAAGCCAAGCGCAAGAUCGAGCAGCUUGAGCGAAGGAGGAGACCGGAGCACGAAGGAGGCUCCAGGGGCCCGGCAGUUAAAGGAAGAGGGCGAGGGGAGGAUGGAGCCCGCGUGGAGAUCUGGAUUCGCCCCAGCGGACAGGCGGCGACCCCGUCCUCUCUGAGAGGCGGCAGUGAAUCCAGCAGAGACUCGGAACAGGACGGAGAGCUGGGCAGUCUCAGCGCUAGUGAUAGCGAAGGGUUUGCCGAGUCCCAAGUCAAUCCACCUUAA